GACGCGACCUGAGGCUCGGGCCACCAUGGCUUCGCCCGUCCCCAGCGAGGGCUCUGCGCCCCCCUCGGUCUCCACGUCCUCCUUGCCCCUCGCUGCGCUCAACGUGCGAGUGCGCCGCCGCCUGUCGCUGUUCCUCAACGUGCGGACCCAGGUGGCGGCCGACUGGACGGUGCUGGCAGAGGAGGUGGGCUUCGACUACUUGGAAAUCCGACAGCUGGAGACGCGCCUCGACCCCACCGGCAGCCUCCUGGACGCCUGGCAGGGGCGCCCCGGCGCGUCAGUGGGCCGGCUGCUCGAGCUUCUCGCCAAGCUGGGCCGCGACGACGUGUUGGUGGAGCUGGGGCCCAGCAUCGAGGAGGAUUGCCAAAAGUACAUUUUGAAGCAGCAGCAGGAAGAGUCUGAGAAGCCCUUACAAGUGGCCAGAGUAGACAGCAGUAUCCCACGGACAGAAGAGCCUUUUGGCAUCACCACACUCGAUGACCCCCUGGGCCAAGUGCCAGAGCGUUUUGAUGCCUUCAUCUGCUACUGCCCCAGCGACAUCCAGUUUGUGCAGGAGAUGAUACGGCAACUGGAGCAAACAGACUAUCGGCUGAAGUUGUGUGUGUCUGACCGAGAUGUCCUUCCAGGCACCUGUGUCUGGUCCAUCGCCAGUGAGCUCAUCGAGAAGAGGUGCCGCCGGAUGGUGGUUGUUGUCUCAGAUGAUUACCUGCAGAGCAAGGAAUGUGACUUCCAGACCAAGUUUGCUCUCAGCCUCUCUCCAGGUGUGCAUCAAAAGCGACUGAUCCCCAUUAAGUACAAAGCAAUGAAGAAGGAGUUCCCCAGCAUCCUGCGGUUCAUCACAGUCUGUGACUACACCAACCCCUGCACCAAGUCUUGGUUCUGGACCCGCCUUGCCAAGGCCCUGUCCUUACCCUGAAGAUGACUCUGGGACCCUGUGGGUGCUGGCAUCUGUCUGCCUCUUUUGUGUUUGUAGGGGGUCUACAUGCCUCUUCAUUUUUAGAGAUGCUAGCUGCCGGCACAUCUGCAGCAACCAGACACUGUAUGAACACCACGUCUUAGGUCCUGCAUGGAACCAAUGGCUGCAAGUGUCAAGGACAGUGAUGAACGGGAUCAGUUGGGACUAAUUAGAGGACCAGCCAAGCCACCUCUGAGCCAUUUAUACAUCUUCAGCCUCACUUUCUUCAUCUGGCAAAUAGGAUGCGGAGAUUAGGCAGUAGCUGCCUCUGUAUCACUGCAGGAAGUGGUAAAGUGAUAGCCUGGCUGUUCUGGGAGAGAGCUGGCCUCUCCAAGAUUACAUGAUGACCACUACUGGAACUACGGGCAAGCUGGUACCUCACUGCCACCCCCUAUCCUCCCUCCUCUUCACAGGACAGAUGGGAAAGCAGGCUGAUCCCAGCAAGGUAUCCCAUCUCAAGCCUGAUUCUCUUGUGGGGCCUUGUCUCAUCUGGAUUGUUGACUCCUGCCAGCCUCUGCCCUACCUUGAGUAGUGACAAGUCCCCUAGAGCCCUGAACAGUACCCUGAACAGCUGUGGCUGCUAGAUGCCCAGAAGCACACCUCAGUUCUGUGGGGACAGGAUGGGGCUCUGGCUUCUGGUAUAUCCAUCAGAUAUGUGCUCUGGGGUUGGGUCACCAGGGCAGUGUCAGCAGGGACCCUAUCUCCCUGGGCCACCCAUAGUGAGCUCCCUUGAUUGCCUUGUUUGUUGACAAAGACAAGAGUGUUCCACCCUAAAGCUUGUGGCUAUAUGACCACAUACUAUCUUGCACACUGACACAGUGCACCUCCCACAGGUAUGAGUCCCACCAUCCAGGGGACUUGACUAUGUCUGCGAAUAAAAUGAAGCACUCUUGAUUCCUCUACUCUUUUUUCCUUACUCUGUAGACCUGACUGUUUUCUCCAUCCCAAAACUGUUUGUGUUCCAUCAAGCUGUGUAUCAGGGAGAAAAUGUCAUAGUCCCAGGUCUCUGUGCCCCAGGGUAGAGUCUAGAGCCCCAAAUUCAAUAGUAAGUGUCUUCUCUGUGCUACCUUCAGCAAGGCAUGAGCAGGGUGCUUUCCCUCUGUAUGUUGGGAAGGAAUGGAAGCCUUCCUCUAGGAAUGUGAGAUCUUGUUGAAGCACUUCGUUGAAGCACUUAGAUGCCAUGCAUCUGUCCCCCUUUGAUACUGGGCAUUUUAAAGUAAUUUGGAGAUAGUGUUUUCUAUACCUGUUCUAUAUGCUUUGUGAGAAUUUCAAAGACAUCUGAGAAGUGUCCAUGUUUGUCAUUUGUCCUUUUGUAUUCAAGGUUUAUAAUAAAGAGUAUUCUAUCUUGGGAAGGCA